AUGAAAGUUGCUGCCUGGAACUGUAGGGGUCUUGGACAAGAGGACUCCCCUAAAUUUCCGUAUCUAAGCUCUUUAGUCCGCUCCCAUCACUUGGAUGUGGUGUUUUUGAUGGAAACAAUGGUUUCUGUGGAUAAUGUUGUGCUCAGUUUAGCAUCUAUUCCUUUUUUGGGUUGUUGUGGUGUAGAUGCUGUAGGAUUAAGUGGUGGUUUGUUCAUUUUUUGGCUUUCUCCUUUUAGUGUAGUUCCAGUGUUUAUAUCUCCAAACUUUGUAGUUUGUAAAAUAGAGGUUGGUGAUGUGAUAAAAUUUGUGAUCUUUGUGUACGGGGCACCUCAUAUAGCAGAUAGAUCAGAUGUGUGGUCGUCUAUUGCUAGAUUUGUCCAAACUUACCCGAACAUUUUGUUGAUUGGUGAUUUUAACCAAGUCGAGUAUCUAUCGGAUAAAAUAGGAGGGUCUUCACUUAUUCCAGGACGUUUGGAUUUUAUUCAAUGGCGGUUGAAUUUGGGGUUAGUGAAUGUUCCUUUUUCUGGACCUUCUUAUACUUGGACAAACAAUAGAAUAGAGGUGGACCCGACUUUUGAAAGAUUAAAUAAGGCAUAUGCAACUCAGGAUUGGUUUAUUGAUUAUCCGGACUCCAUUGUUCAUCAUCAACCGAUUCUAUUUUCGGAUCACGCAGCUAUUAUCUUUUCAGACUCGUUACCUCAAGAUUCUGUUCGGCGACCUUAUAGAAUCGAAAACUGGUGCUUAUCUGCUCAGGAUACUUCUAGGAUUAUUAAGGACGGCUGUCUUUUAAAAUUUACAGGCUCUCCGUGUUUUACCUUAUCUCGCAGGCUUGCUGUUAUUCACGGGCGACUUAAAGACUGGUGCCUUAGCCACAGGAAAUCUUGGGGUAUAAACUGGAAAGCUUUAUGUUCUGAUUUGUCUUCUUCUUCUACUCAAUUACAAUCCCCAGUGGCGUGA